AUGUUUCGCUUAUCGUUGGUCACCAUCGCUUUCCUAUACCUCAACGGUCGCCACUGGAACGCGCUUGCUUCCAAAAAACUCGACUGGUUACGUAAUACGACAGUCCAGGCGCACUUAGUGGCUAUCUUCAACCGGAUCGACAGUAUCGAUAUCGUAAUUGGAAGCCGGGAACCGGAUCAAAUAGAUCAGAUUGACUAUCUGAUACGGAGCGGUGGAGCAAACACUAGUGGCAUUCUGCAGCGGAAACGUUUCCGUAUCUACGAGCAAGCACUAAAUGCCGGAAAAGGAUGCGAUCGAUCUUUGCUUUCCACUAAGCUGGUUAAUUCGACCGAUGCAAUCAACACGAUGGAGAGGGUUUUUGAGGAUGAGUUCAAAUUUUUCAAGUGGGAUCAUUCGUACGAAACGUUUGCGAAAAUUUGGGAUCAGAAUCAGGACCAAGGUUAUAUAGUGUUUGCGAACAUAACGAUUUUUGAUACGUUAAUGAAAUGCUUGCUGGAUCCUGCGGCAACGUACUUUGUUGUGCUGGGCAGUGAUGAAGAGCUUACGCGAGACCGAACCUGGAAGCUGUUUAGAUCCAUUUGGAGGAGCCUAGGCGUCUUCCGAGUGUUUCUCUUGGAUGGAAUUCAUAUACACACGUAUGAUCCUUUUUCACGAAACGGUAGUUCGUUUGGUUUACUGGUCGAACUGGCCGAAGUUGGCGGUACACCCACUGUGCCUCAGGGAGAUUUCAAAGGCUACCCGCUGCGAAUCGAUAUGUUUUGGUCUACGUACAGUGUCCCGGUCCCGAACACCACAAUUUUUUUCACCGGAGCGGAUGUCAUGGUUGGUGACGCCUUUGUGAAGGCUCUCAAUUUCACUGCUGUUCGUUUGCUACCAGAUAAAGAUAACUUUGGAAGUCUUCUACCGAAUGGAACAUUCAACGGUGUAAUUGGUCGGUUGAUGCGUCACGACAGUGAUAUCACAUUCGUUGGAUUUUUCAUUAAGGAUUACUUCAGUCGGGAUAUUGAGUUCACCGCUGGAGUUUACACCGACGAGCUUUGUUGUUUGGUGAAGAAAGCUAGCCGAGUGCCGGAGUAUCUGUUACCGAUCACCAUCUUUCCUACCGAUCUUUGGGGAUUGCUGUUUUUGAUGGGUAUGAUUUGUACUGUCGUGUGGAUUGUCUUGAGAACUGGGAUUAGAAUGAGAGCGAGGACCCGCCAGGAGCGAUACCACCUCGCAACGUUGUUCAAUCUUUCCGAUACCACCCGGGAUGCUCCGUUAUACCGCAAAUUAUGCCAAAUAGGUGUCGAUACCUAUAUCCUUCUUGUGAGUGCUCCGUACCGUCGAUUCACAAAGUCCGGAACAGAACGGUUGUUUUUGUUCGGUAUUCUACUAGUGAGCUUGAUAUUCGUAUCCAUGUUCCAGUCGGGACUGUCGUCCAUAUUCGUCAAUCCCGUUUAUUAUAAAGACAUUAGUAGUCUACAACAGUUGGAUGCUGCUGACAUACGCAUUCCGGUUAAAUACGCCGGGUUUAUGGAUGACGUUUUUCCCGCCAACUACAGUGCCAUAAUGGAAUCCCUACGCAGCAAACUGAUCUUUAGACCAACAAAUCAAUCCUUGCUUAGUAUUGUUUCUAAAACUGACCGUCUAGCAACGGUCACUCGACGAGCCACACUUAACCUGGAUAAUGCCAUCUACAUAUCCACCAAGCAGUUGUUCAUGAUUCCGGAAUGUCCACGGUUGUACAAUCUAGCGUACGUGGCGGGGCGCCAUUCGGUACUGCUAGAGCAGAUCAAUGCUGUUCUGCUAAGUAUGUUGAAUGGGGGCUUGAUUAACCACUGGAUCGGGGAAAUGAAUUACAACGUUACGUUGCAUCACUGGGAACGAAUACGGGACUCGCAGAACUCGGACUUCAAGGUGCUCACCGUAGUGGACAUGCAGUUUCCGUUUUAUCUACUGGUUAUUGGUAUCAUUGUUAGCGCGGUGAUGUUUGUAGCUGAGCUCAUUUAUUUUAAAUUCACGAGUCGCAAAUAA